CUGUUUUAAAAAUAUCUGUGUUGUUUUUUGGGGGAAAAUGUCGGAGUAUUUAAUGAAAUUUAAUCAUAAUCAAACAUUUGUGGAGACUUUAUUAUCAACUUUAUCAAUUGGUGCUGUUUUAAGACAAAAUGAUUAUCAGAAAUAUGCAGACAUAUUUAUUACAAAUACGACUGAUGUGUUGUGUCAACGUAUCAACAAUGGUGUCACCAAAUUGUCCAGCACAACAUUCAAAUAAGUAACAAUCAAUUAAUUAACAAUCGAAAUCAAUACACAAAUUCAUUAUUUAAAUCUAAGCAAACGAAUAAAAGAAACACAACAAUGGCUUCGGCAUCGCCCUCAGCAAAUAAUAUUCAACGUUUACCAUCGCCAAUGACAACAAUACCGACAUCAGCAUUAUUUAUGGCAGCAACUUCUACAAACAUGACAACAAAUUUAUCAUCGGCCACUUCAACAACACUAACCCCACUAAGUUCAUCAUCGAUGCUACCACCGUACAAAGAUGAUGGUCAAGAAUGGAGUGAUAUGUUAUUAUUGAUUAUAAAAGGUUCCGUUAUGGGUUCCAUAAUAAUUGCUGCUAUCUUUGGUAAUUUAUUAGUGAUUGUAUCAGUUAUGCGUCAUAGAAAACUACGUAUAAUUACAAACUAUUUUGUUGUUUCGCUAGCAUUCGCUGAUAUGUUAGUUGCAAUGGUUGUAAUGACAUUUAACGCGAGUGUACAGUUAACGGGGCAAUGGUUGUUCGGAUACUUUAUGUGUGACGUUUGGUCCGCAUCGGAUGUAUAUUUUUCGACAGCAUCAAUUUUACAUCUGUGUUGUAUUAGUGUGGAUCGUUAUUAUGCGAUAGUGAAACCGCUAAAAUAUCCCAUAAAUAUGACAAAACGUGUUGUGGCCGUAAUGUUACUAAGUACUUGGGUGAGUCCAGCACUAAUUAGUUUUGUGCCAAUAUUCGCGGAUUUAUAUACAACAAAUGAGAAUCGUGAUUUUCGGACGCAUAAUCCGGAGGUAUGUGAUUUUCGUGUGAAUAAAGUGUAUGCGGUUAUUAGUUCUAGUAUUUCUUUUUGGAUACCAUGUACAAUAAUGAUUUUUACAUAUUUACAAAUUUUUCGUGAAGCUAAUCGCCAAGAAAAACAACUACAUUCACGGCAUGGGAAUGCAAUGUUAAUGCAUCGUGAAAACACUAAUGGGGAUAUGUUAUCUUCAUCCGGUGGAUCAUCGAAAACACUUACAGCGAAUGAAAUCAAUCCGGAUCACUUGCAUCAUACACCAACGAAAGAUCGGAAUAUCAUUAAAAUGAAGCGUGAACAUAAAGCUGCCCGUACAUUGGGUAUUAUUAUGGGUACAUUUAUACUAUGUUGGCUACCAUUUUUUGUCGUAUAUAUAACAACAUCACUCUGCCCAGAAUGUUAUUGUCCCGAUUUCAUAGUGAUUGCAGUCUUUUGGAUUGGAUAUUUUAAUUCAACACUGAAUCCAUUGAUAUAUGCGUAUUUUAAUCGUGAUUUUCGGGAGGCAUUUAAGAAUACGUUACAAUGUGCAUUUUGUAGUUUGUGUCGUAGGGCACCAUCAGAUUUGGAAGCGUUAGAUAUACGGCGGCCAUCAUUAAGAUAUGAUGGACGUACAAAAAGUAUAUAUUCUGAAACAUAUUUAAAACAUAUUGAUCGACGAAGAUCAUCGGAGUUUGGUUCGUCGCUCUGAGUAGACUUUUCUAGUAGUAAUCGAGUUACUACUAGCUUUUAAAUUUGUGGAAAAUUUUUCUUUUAAAGUGCUUCUAUUUGAUUUAGUUAGACACUGAUUAAUCUCUCUUAUAUCAAAGCUUUAGAUUUUUUUUAAAAAAUGAACUCUUUAUGCAAUAGUUAUAAAUAAUUUAAAAAUAUCGCAGAAUAAGAGGCUGUUGGCGUAUUAGCGUCUAUGCACAAUUAUGAUCAGACUACCAAAGUCAUUAUAUAAAGUCACAUAAAUGGCAAUAAUCACUUUCUUCCAAACCAAAAUAACGGAAACAUUUAUAUUUGCUAUCGCAGAAAUUUUUAACUAAUUUGACACUAGAAAUAUUUCAGAAAAUCUUAAUUUUAUGAUGGACGAGAUAAGAAGUUCCAAGAGUCUAGUUGCAACUCGUAUGCGUGUCGGACAAUAAGAAGCCAUAUUUACGUUACGGAAUAAACAAAAAAUGACAGAGGAGAUGUCAUAAGAACUAUGACUUCAAUUUAUGCUACAAAUUUUUGAAUUAUCAUAUUUUUUUUAAUAAUUGAAAUUUAUAAAAACUCAAUGCUCAAAAGGAUUCUUGUAGUUUAUUCCGGUACAAAGUAUUUUUGAUUUUUUGGACUUCAUUUCAUUUUGAGUUUUUUUGUCAGUUCAAAAAGUGACUCCGUGUAAUAAUCGUUCUUGCGACCAUAUAGAUUUGUUUUCGUUUUGGUUGAACCGAAAGGUUGAAACCUUUCUCCCUUUCAAAAAGUAAAUAAAUUGCAAAAAUUAAGUCAUUUUUGGAAAGCUAAAGGAAUGAAAAAUAAUUUCUCGAGUGAAGAUUGUGAUAAAGUUUGACAGAAAAAACCUUGCCAAACUCCUCUCAAAAGUAAGAAGACGUUAAGCAAAUAUCUUUUUUAAUAAUAAAAUUCUGAUUUUGAUUCAGGAGAAAAUUUGAAACGUAAUUUUUAGUAUGUCAGCGACCUCUUUGACUGGACUUAAAACCAAAUAUUAAAUAUUUAA